UCAGAAGCUGCAGCUUUGAGAAGAGAUCCAGAUGCUCACGGUAGGUAAGACCACCAAUGUGACGUUAGAGAGCCAUCUGGAGAUGGAGAGGGCUCAAGCUCAGGAGCUGAAGGAUAAACUGAGCAAGAUGGAGGAAGCUCUCCGAGAACAAGAGGAAGAGGCAAAGGACAUUCUGGAAAGAUCUCAGGCUUCUCAUAGAGCCCAGCUGGAGAUGCAGAACCAAAGCAACAAGAACAUCAUUGCUGCUCUUGAGAAGAAGUGUGAACAUCAGCUGGAGAGUAAGCGUGUCCUGUGGCAUCGGGAAGAAGCCUCCCUGCUGGAGGAGAGUGAGAAAACAAGAGCCUCCCAUGUGGCUCAGAUUGACGAGCAGAGCUUUGCGAGUGACUGCCUCCUGGCUUCUCUGAAAAAGACUGAGCAGCAGCUGAAGAGUAAGCUCAACCAGUGGAAGGAGGACAAGGCAUCCCUCCUUCAGGCCACAGAAAGCUUGAAGCUGACUCAGCAGGAAAAAGAGCAGGAGUGGGAGAUGACUGAGAGCACCUUGAGGUCCACCUUGAAGCCAGAUCAUGCAAAAGCCAAAGAAGAAGAAGUGGAACAAAAAGCUUCUGCCUGGCUGAGGAAGAGAACGCAUUUGUACUGGUAUAGUAUCUGUCUGUGGGUCUGUCGGGUGUGUGGGUGAAUCUGUGUGUGGGUA